AUGAUCGAACCCGAACUAAUCGACCUCCCAAUCGACCUUCUAACCGGCUGGCCAAACCCCACCCUUCUCCCCGCCCACCCCCUCCAAACCUCCGCCACAGAGGUCCUAACUAACCCCUCCAUAACCAACCCAGCCCUCCUCUAUGGCCCCGACGAAGGCUACGAGCCCCUACGAACCCACAUAGCCGCCUGGCUAACGGCAUUUUAUCAAUCGCCUUCCCCAAUUUUAACCCCCCGAAUCUGCAUAACAGGCGGCGCAAGCCAAAACCUCGCUUGUGUCCUCCAAGUCUUCACAGAUCCAAUCUACACCCGCAAUGUGUGGAUGGUCACACCAACGUACCAUCUCGCCGCACGCAUCCUCGAAGAUGCAGGCUUUGCCACCCGCCUACGCGGAAUCCCCGAAGACGAAGAAGGCAUCGACCUGGUCUCCCUCGAGAACGGACUUCGCGCAGCAGAGGCAGACGCCGAGCGCGCAGGAAACACAACCCCGAAGCUGAAACCCGCCAGGCCCUGGCGCAAGAUCUACAAGCAUGUCAUCUAUGGCGUGCCUACGUUUGCGAAUCCCUCCGGCAAGAUCAUGUCGCUGCGCAGGCGGGAGGCGCUCGUCCGGCUUGCCCGGCGGUACGACGCGCUCGUCGUGACAGAUGACGUUUAUGAUUUCCUGCAGUGGUCCGCGCGCCAGCUCCGGACCGCGCGUGCGUUCCGCGCAUCGUCGACGUCGACCGCGUUCUCGACGGUGGCCCUUAAACUGAUCGGGCCCGGAACCCGUACCGGCUGGGCUGAGGCCUCCGAGAAGCUCGCCUAUGGACUGUCACAAGCUGGCUCGUCCCGAUCGGGCGGUGCGCCUUCACACCUCUGCGCCGCAAUCAUAGACCAGCUCUUCCCGACAGGAAUCACGGACCAUAUCCGACAUGUCCUGCAGCCCUUUUACGCUAACCAAUACCACACCCUCCUCUCUGCAAUCUGCGAGCACCUCGUCCCGCUGGGAGUCACUGUGCCGGUGCCAGCGGAAUGUGCAGGAGGCUAUUUCAUCUGGAUUGGGCUUCCGGCGGGCGUACAGGCGUCAGAAGUUGUUGCCAAAGCGCAAGAGGAAAAAUUACGUCUAGCGCCUGGCGAUCUGUUCCAGAUCCCGGAUGGCGAUCUGGUGUUUUCGGACCAUUUACGGCUUUGCUUUGCGUGGGAGGAAGCGCGGCACUUGGCGGAAGGAGUGCGUAGACUAGCGCGCGUUUUGCAGCGUAUUCUUACAUAG